AUGCCACACGUCGAGGUGCUCCCAAAUUCGUCGGCCUCAGUAGCGCCGGGAUGGACCUACGUUGUCGACACCGGCUACGACCCGUCGAAAGUCGCGAUCAAUCCCAAGAAUAAAAAGCGCGCCGCAGCACAACCUGGUGGGCAGCGCGGCGAGAAUGAGCUUUCGGCGCGACAGCAGACGGCGAUUGCUAGGAGGAUAGCCGAGCUAGAGAGGGACAACGAUCCGAAGCAGAACAUUUCCAUACCGGGAAAGCCAUCUAUACCGAAGACUCAAAACACGCGACGCAUAAUACAAUACCAGCGCCAAAUCAAGCACUGGCUCGACGAUGAAGAGGCCCAGCUCGCGCAGCACCAACAAGCGCCCGUACCGCGUGGCGCAACGACUGCUUCACGAAGCAACGCGCAGUCUCACCGCCGCCAAAGCACACUUGCAUCCGUCCCGCCUACACCAACAGAAGCCACGCCCGGCCCAUCGGUUCCACGGACGUCGUCAUUGAUGAGCGUAGAUAACGGCAACGACGAUGCGCUACUCUCGAUCGAUCACUCGAUGCCUCCGCCGCUGAACCCCGCCGAGCUUGACGCACUUCUUGCUGCUCCACCGCUGUCAUACGCUGCGAGCCAUGCUGCGCCGCCACCUGCUGGGGGGCCGCCGCAGAGGCAGUUUUGUGACAAUUGUGGUUACUGGGGGACGAUAAAGUGUCGGAAGUGCGGGGCCAGAGUAUGUGGUCUGGAGUGUAAAGAUGCGCACGAAGCUACGAGGUGCUUGAAGUGGGCAUGA